AUGGAUCGCCCAAAGACACCUCCGCCGAAACCCAGGUCAACCGCGCCUGCCGGAACACCUCCAACACCGGAAGAAGAGUCCCGCCUGAAAGCCAAAGCCCUCCGCGACCGCCGCGAAGCCGAGGCCCCGUCAGCCCCGAUCCCAAAGACCUCCUCCGGCCUCAUCGCAACAGACAAUGUCCGCAUCACCAAAGCCGGCGCAUCAUCCGGCGCAGGCACGAAACGCACAUACUCGUCCAUCUCGACCUCUGCCGACCAACCCUCCACGAACCGCGAUGCCCGCGACACGGCCACCGCCCCGCGCCCCGCACGCAACUUUGCAAAGUUCGUCGACUACAACAUGUCCGCCAUGACGGACACGAAGGGCGGCUUCCUCACGGCCGAAGACGACCCGCACAACACCGCCCUCGUGCCCAAGGCCAAGCCCGGCGGGCCGCCCACCGAGGAAAAGCCCAAGGGCAUGUCGAGUCAGGAGUGGGAGAGGCUGCAGCUCCUCAAGAAGCUCCGGAGGCAAAAGGCCGGCCCGUUCGAGCCGGGCCUGAGCGUGCUCGCCGACGACGCCACCCGCAAGAAGUGCCGCGAGUGCUCCUCUCUGGAGAUCGACUGGGUCUGGGACGAGGUGUUUAACGUGCAGGUCUGCCAUGCCUGCAAGGACUCGAACCCGGACAAGUACUCGCUCCUGACCAAGACGGAGUGCAGGGAGGACUACCUCCUGACGGACGAGGAGCUGAAGGACCCGGACCUGCUGCCGCACCUGUCCCGGCCAAACCCGCACAAGUCGCACUGGCACGACAUGAUGCUGUUCCUGCGCUUCCAGGUGGAGGAGUACGCGUUCAACACGAAAUGGGGUUCCGCAGAGAAGCUCGACGCCGAGUUCGAGAAGCGCGAGGCCGACAAGAAACGGCGCAAGGAGGCCAAGUUCCGGGACAAGCUCAACGAUCUGAAGAGGAAGACGCGGACGGAGGCGAUCAGGCGACAGCAGGCCGCCGGUGCGGCGGGAUCGGGACCGAGGAAGUUUGGCGACUCCGUCGGCGGAGGCAAACAUGUCCAUGACUGGGGACGGGCUGUUGAGAACGAGGAUGGCAUGACUGUGAAGAAAUGCAAAGAGUGCGGGAUGGAAGUCGAGGAGUUGGAAUUUUAA